AUGUCUUCCGAUACUCAACCCCAAACUUUUCUCCUGCAAACGACAUUUAUAAGUAGUAUAACGCUAAACACCAUACUCCUUGCAUGGGUGAUAAUCCAUUCGCUUACCGAUGGACGCAUACCUCCCCAACUACCAAUUCUCAGACGUUGGACAAUAUCAGGAAGAACAAUCGGAUUCAUGUGUGUAGUUGGGUCACUAUUGUUUAACAUUACUGCGGAUGUACUAGCAACGAUAGCGGUGCCAGACCUAAGCUUUCUUUCGACUGCAUUAAUACUAUGGACUUUGGCUUACGGACUAAAGGCAUCGGCUGUGUUUAUCAGCCUGGAGAGGUACUACACCGUCACCAAAAACUUGGUGAAAGAGGCCGUCGUGACGAAAAGGGAAACUACCGUCUAUGCUGUAUUCUCCGUUCUAUCACUCGUCCUCGUGUAUCCAUCUCUGCUAGUCAUCCUCUUGACGAAAGCAACUUCAUGGUACGGUGGCUCACUACCCACAUCAUUCUACUUUACUGCACAACUACUCCUCGCUUCUAUUCUAUACAUUAAACUCAAUAGACGUAUCGGGAUCGUAUUAGACGAAGGGUUAUGUGUGGGAAGGAGAGCGAUCAGAGAACUAAGGAAAUUCAGGAGAAGAAAUUUUUACAUGAUUGCAGCUUUGGGUGGAGAGGUCGUUGGAGGAUUGAUCUGGAACGUGGAUAUGAUGACUGGCAUGAACAUAUACAAUAAUCUCCAAGGAGGCAUCGCCGUCCAAGUGUUUAGAAAUUUCUCUUGUGCUUUGGUCUAUAUCUGUGUAACAUGGGUGAUAUUUCCUCCAACAGACUUUACUCCGCAACCGGGAGCUGCCCCGGUAAUAAAUCUACCAUAUACGCAUUCGCUUGCAUCCGCAAAGAAUGGAUUUUCUUCUCUUCAUCUUCGCUCUUAUCUCAAACGUAACAACCAUACUGUUCCAUUUGGCCACAUGUAUCCCAAGCCACUGCGAGGUUCGUUCGAUAGUGAUGAUAUAUUCGGUGAUGAUGAUUUCGCAAUAAGAGGAAACAAUGAUGGACUCCAGGAGGGUGGUGGUGUUGGUGUCGUUGUUAAGAUGCCGGACAACGUGGUGGUUAAGGAUAAGGAAGGUUUCGUGGUCAAUGUUGACUAA